AUGAAAAUAAUUUGUGGUCUUAUCUUAUUUUCGACGUUUGCAAUCAUCUUUGUUAGCGGUUUGAAUUGUUGGACAUGUAAUGUCUUGGGUGGAAACAACGUGUGCAGAAGAAGUGGUGGACUAAGAACCUGCUUCAAUAACCAGGUUUGUUACAACGAAGUACGGAGGCGUGGGAAUACAAUAAAUAUUAGAAAGGGAUGUAAAAACUCUGGCGUAUGUGAAAAUCACAUUAUGCAGUCAAUGUCAACCCCAAAUCCUAACAACCAAUGCGUCAACGGACCGAAUUACUUUUGUUCAUGCUGCUGCGGAAAUUCCGUGUGUAAUUCGAACUGGCUCACAUGCGUAACAGCAGGUUCUGUGGCACCGACUGUGAGUACCACAGUGCCGCCAGCCGACGAAGGACUAAAGCGGUCGGACAUUAUCAACAUACAGGACUCGUGGAAUACAUUAAAGGGGUUCGGUUAUGAAACUGUAGGAAUGCUUGUACUUCAUCGAUUGUUUAACGAUGCACCACAGACGCGAUAUUUAUUUUCUCAACUAAGCUUGUCCAGUAAUGAGAGUUUUACAUUGGAGCAAAUGCGAAACAAUUCUCGCGUGGUGUAUCACGCUAACAGGGUCGCGCGGGCUGUGGGGCGCUUGGUUGAUCUGAUUGAGUUACCAACUAAUUUCACUGAUCACUUGGUGUGGCUUGGCCAAAGGCAUGCGUACCAUGGAGUCGCACCCGUGAAUUUUGAC